AUGGGUGAUGAUGGCGGCAGCCCAAAUAAGGCACAGUCCACGAGCCACCUCACCCCCGACCCCAGGUCAGUGUGCCUGAGCACCCAGCAGUGCCUGGACUCACUGGUGCACAUGAGCCAGUGUCGCAGCAGCCACUGCUCGCUGCCAUCCUGCCAGAAGAUGAAGCAGGAGCCCGAGCCAGUGGAGGAUUGUGUGCAGAGCACACUCGCUGCCCUGUAUCCACCCUUUGAGGCAACAGCCCCCACUCUCUUGGGCCAAGUGUUCCAGGUGGUCGAGAGGACUUAUCGAGAAGAUGCACUGAGGUAUACGCUGGACUUCCUGGUGCCCGCCAAGCACCUGCUUGCCAAGGUCCAGCAGGAAGCCUGUGCCCAGUACAGUGGUUUCCUCUUCUUCCAUGAAGGCUGGCCUCUCUGCCUGCAUGAGCAAGUGGUGGUACAGCUAGCAGCCCUCCCCUGGCAGCUGCUGCGCCCAGGAGACUUCUACCUGCAAGUGGUGCCCUCAGCAGCCCAAGCACCCCGCCUGGCACUCAAGUGCUUGGCCCCAGGGGGUGGGCGGGUGCAGGAGCUGCCGGUGCCCAAUGAGGCUUGUGGCUACCUGUUCACACCCGAAUGGCUACAAGGCAUCAACAAGGACCGGCCCACAAGUCGCCUCACUACCUGUCUCCUGUCAGCACCCUCUGGGAUUCAGCGGCUGCCCUGGGCUGAGCUCAUCUGCCCACGAUUUGUGCACAAAGAGGGUCUCAUGGUUGGACAUCAGCCAAGUACAGUGCCCCCAGAACUGCCCCCUGAAACCCCAGGACUCCCCAGCCCUCCACUCCCUGAGGAGGCCCUGGGCACCCGGAGUCCUGGGGAUGGGCACAACGCCCCUGCUGAAGGACCUGAGGGGGAGUACGUGGAACUGUUAGAAGUGACACUGCCCAUGAGAGGGAACCCCACAGAUACUGAGGGCUCCUCUGGCCUCUCCAGAACUCGGACAGUACCCACCCGAAAGGGACCUGGAGGGAAGGGCCGACACCGGAGACACCGGGCAUGGAUGCACCAGAAAGCCCUGGGGCCACGGGACCAGGAUGGGGCACGCCCACCUGGAGAAGGAAGCAGUACUAGUGCCAGUCCUGGAUCUCCCCUAGAGGCUGAGGCUCUCUCAGAGUCAGCAGUCCUGGAGGGGUCUGAGAUCCCAGCACGACCACUAGGGGAAGCUUCUGAAUGUUGCCUUCUGAGGCCAGGGGAAGUUGGGGCAGGGUCAAGUCAAGGGGCUGAGGGACCUCCUGGUACCCCACGGAGAAUGGGUAAAGGAAAUAGGAGAAAGAAGAGGGCUGCAGGCAGAGGGGCACUUAACCGAGGAGCAGACAGUGCCCCACUAAGCCCUGCAGAGAAAGAAGAGAGCAGUCACCAGGAAACCCUUGUCAGUCUGCCCUCACCAAACGAGCAAGAGCUUCCAGAAUGCAGCUUGGUUAAGGCGGAACAAGAAGACCCAAGGAAGCCCAAGUUGGAGCCAAAAGAGGAGCUGAAACCAAUAGAGGAAAAGGAGGCUUGCCCCCCAGAAAUCUGUAAACCUCAAGAAGAGGCAGCACAGGAGACAGAGCAGGAGAGGCCAAGCCUCGUGUGUGCAGCAGGGCCUUCAAGUCCAGAGGGGCUUCUGGCUGACCCAUCCCUGGAAACUAUGCAUGAAUUCAAAGUGGACAGUGUCUCAGAAGAAACACCUCCAGUCACCAUCUCUGAUGACCUUGAUGUACCUUGGGACUUGAUGGCAUCUGGAUUCCUCAUCCUAACUGGAGGGGUGGACCAGAGUGGGCGAGCUCUGCUGACCAUUACCCCAUCGUGCCCUCCUGAGGAGCCCCCACCCUCCCGAGCCAUGCUGAGCACUGCUCUUCAUUACCUUCACUCACUGCUCAGGCCUGAUCUACAGAUACUGGGACUAUCUGUGCUCCUGGACCUUCGCAAGGCAUCCCUCCUGCCUCCAGGGCUCAUUCCUGCUCUGAAUCAACUUCAGGACUCAGGAGACCCUCCCAUCAUUCAGCGACUGCUGAUUCUCAUUCAUAAUGACCUUCCAGCUGAUCACAGUGGAUUUCAGGGGGCUGAGUUGCUCUCAGGAAAUGACCUGAAAAGAGUGGCCAAGCCAGAGGAGCUUCCACGGAGCUUGGGAGGCCACAGAGACACCUCUCCCAGUCACUGGGUAGAGAUUCAUCAGGAAGUGGCAAGGCUGUGUCACCUAUGCCAAGGUGUGCUGGGCUCUAUACGACAAGCCAUUGAGGAGCUGGAGGGAGCAGCCAAGUCAAAGGGAGAAGAGGCAGUGGGAAUGCCUGAGCCCUUGCAGAAGGUGCUGGCAGAUCCCCGACUGAUGGCACUGCAGAGGGAUGGGGGGUCCAUCCUGAUGAGGCUACGCUCCACUCACAGUAGCAAGCUGGAGGGUCCAGGCCCAACCACACUGUAUCAGGAGGUGGACGAAGCCAUUCACCAGCUUGUGCGUCUCUCAAACCUGCACGUGCAGCAGCAGGAACAGCAGCAGCGCCUCCAGCGACUCAAGCAGGUACUGCAGUGGCUGUCAGGCCCAGGAGAAGAGCAGCUGGCAAGCUUUGCUGUGCCUGGAGACUCUCUGUCUGCCCUGCAGGAGACAGAACUUCGAUUCCGGGCUUUCAGUACUGAGGUUCAGGAGCGCCUGACCCAAGCAAGGGAGGCCCUGUCCCUGGAGGAGGAUGCAGCCUCCCAGAAGGUCUUGGAUAUCUUUGAGCAGCGGCUGGAGCAGGUUGAGAGUGGCCUCCAUCGGGCCCUUCGGCUCCAGCGCUUCUUCCAGCAGGCACACGAGUGGGUGGAUGAAGGUUCUGCUCGCCUCGCUGGAGCUGGGCCAGGGCGGGAGGCCGUGCUGGCAGCCCUAGCCCUGCGGCGGACCCCAGAGCCCAGUGCUGGCACCUUCCAAGAGAUGCGGGCCCUGGCCCUGGACCUGGGCAGCCCAGCAGCACUGCGAGAGUGGGGCCGGUGCCGGGCCCGCUGCCAAGAGCUGGAGAAGAAAAUUCAGCAACAGCUGGGAGAGGAGGCAAGUCCUCGGAGCCAUCGGCGAAGACGGGCAGACAGCACCAGCAGUGGAGUAGCCCAAAGGGGCCACCACAGUCCCUCACCCAGCCUCACCUCCCUGCUGCUCUCCAGCAGCCCAGGGCCAAGGGCAGCCCCAUCACACUGCUCCCUGGCCCCCUGUGGGGAGGACUUUGAGGAGGAGGGCAUUGAAUUGGCUUCAGAAGCAGAGGGCAGGCCCCCGAGGGCCGUGUUGAUCCGAGGCCUAGAGGUCACCAGCACCGAAGUGGUAGACAGAACAUGCUCACCACGGGAACACGUGCUGCUGGGCCGGGCCGGGGGACCAGAAGGGCCCUGGGGAGUUGGCACCCCUCGAAUGGAGCGCAAGAGAAGCAUCAGCGCCCAGCAGCGUCUGGUAUCUGAGCUGAUUGCCUGUGAACAGGAGUACGUGACCAUCUUGAGUGAACCAGUGCCACCUCCUGGGCUUGAGCUGACCCCUGAGCUUCGGGGUACCUGGGCUGCUGCCCUAAGUGCCCGGGAGAGGCUUCGUAGCUUCCACCGGACACAUUUUCUGCGGGAGCUUCAGGGCUGUGCCACUCAUCCUCUGCGCAUUGGGGCCUGCUUCCUUCGUCACGGGGACCAGUUCAGUCUGUAUGCCCAGUACGUAAAACAUCGGCACAAAUUAGAGAAUGGCCUGGCUGUACUCAGUCCUCCCACCAAGGGCUCCAUGGAGGGCGGCCCCCACCUACCCCGGGCCCUGCAGCAGCCUCUGGAGCAGCUGGCUCGGUAUGUGCGGCUUCUGGAGGAGCUCCUGAGGGAAGCUGGGCCUGAGCCAAGUUCUGAGCGCCAGGCCCUUGGAGCUGCCGCACAGCUGCUCCAGGAACAAGAAGCCCGAGGCAGAGACCUGUUGGCCGUGGAGGCAGUUCGUGGCUGCGAGAUAGAUUUGAAGGAGCAGGGACAACUUCUGCAUCGGGACCCUUUCACAGUCAUCUGUGGCAGAAAGAAGUGCCUUCGCCAUGUCUUCCUCUUCGAGCAUCUCCUCCUCUUCAGCAAGCUCAAGAGCACUGAGGGAGGGUCAGAGACCUUUGUUUACAAGCAGGCCUUUAAGACUGCUGACAUGGGGCUGACGGAGAACAUUGGAGACAGCGGGCUCUGCUUCGAGCUGUGGUUUCGGCGGCGGCGGGCACGAGAGGCAUAUACACUGCAGGCAGCCUCACCAGAGGUCAAACUCAAGUGGACAAGUUCUAUUGCUCAGCUGCUGUGGAGACAGGCGGCCCACAACAAGGAGCUCCGAGUUCAGCAGAUGGUCUCCAUGGGCAUUGGGAAUAAACCCUUCCUGGACAUCAAAGCCCUUGGGGAGCGGACAUUGAGUGCUCUGCUCACCGGAAGAGCCGCCCGAACCCGGGCCUCCGUGGCCGUGUCAUCUUUUGAGCAUGCCGGCCCCUCCGUUCCCGGCCUCUCGCCGGGCGCCUGCUCCCUGCCUGCCCGCGUCGAGGAGGAGGCCUGGGAUCUGGACGUCAAGCAAAUUUCCCUGGCCCCAGAAACACUUGACUCUUCUGGAGAUGUGUCCCCAGGACCAAGAAACAGCCCCAGCCAGCAAACCCCCUACCCUGGGAGGAGCACUCCCACCCUGACCAGUGGAGGGAUCUUAGGGUUAUCCCAACAGAGUCAUGCCCGAACCAUGAGUGACCCCACCACUCCUCUCUGA